CACCGACUGUGUUCACCACCAUGAGCUGCACCUUCACACUGGCUUUACUCUCCUCAUUCAGUUGGAUCUGUGUGUCAGGUUUUCGGUUUCACACGGCGGUGGCACAGCCUGGUGAAGAAGUCACACUGCGGUGCUCCAACAUGAGCACUUAUCGCUCUCAGGUGUUCUGGUUCAAGCUGGACGACGGACCCCUCGGCUGCAUCUCGGCGAUGCUGAACGCCGAAUCCGCCCUGACGUCCUACGAUCCGUUUCAGCCGGACAAAUUCGCGAUGACGUCCGACUCCACAAACGUCUCCCUGCGCAUCCGACCGCUGGACGCCAACGACUCUGGGUUGUAUUUCUGCGGAUACUAUUUCGAUGCGUUUCCUGCCGUUUUCACUGCAACAUAUUUAAAGGUUGAAGGAGUAUCAGUCGAUUCUUCUGAGGAACCUGAUGGACCAGAACAUCUGCUGAACUGGAUCCUGGGUGGCAUCGUCAUAUUUCUUAUAAUUGUCAUUGUUGGUUUUAUUGUGAAAAUCAGGAUCUUGUAUGCAGACAGAAAGACUUUACAACAUCAGGAGAAUUUGGACUCUCACAUCAUGAACUACGCAGCGCUGAGCUUCCCUCCAAAAACCAAGAGCAACAGAAGCCCUGUAGCAGAAAGAGAUCUGGGGACAAAUGUCCUGUAUGCUGCUACAAGACAGACUCACUAGCAGUGAUGAGCUCAAAAUCUCUAAAUCCUGACAAUGUCGAUGCUUUAAUGUUCAUCUGAGUAUUUAUUUAAUUUUCCUAGUUGAAAUAAAGUUUUACUUUAACGUCUA